AUGUCCAACACUCGAGACAAAGACAGAAUUCCUCAUCCAGAAAAGAUGUUCGAGACCAUGAAGGAGGUUGGCGGAAAAGAUCUCGAUGAAUCAAGGAGGAUCCAAGGAUCCAUGCCUGCGCCUGCGCCUGCAACUGCAACUGCACCUGCACCAACCCUCGCCGAUGCAGAAUUAGCACAACACUCAUCUUUCUAUGAUUUUGAAGGCACGACAAUGUUCAAUGGUGAUUGGAAGGGGCAAGACGAAGACUUUGAUCAAUUCAACGCGAUUGAUUCAAACCUAGAUCUAAAUGCUUUUCCUUUCACAAUUGACGAGCAGCAUCCGAUUGUGACAUUGUCGACUUCUGCGAAUGAGACAAGCAGUGAGCAACAUACCGCUGGUACGCCACCACCUGCCGAUAUUCCAAGUCAUGAAAACUUUGGAUUAAUUCAAGAACUACAAGAUGAUUUCUUGAAUCCCUCUGAUGAAACUAUUCCGGCGGAGAAAAACUCUUGGUAUGCGGAUGCAAUGGGGACCCAAGCAGAUUCUGAUGGACUUCCCGAACUAAAUGUAGAAGGAAAUGUCCCUGAAUUCACCCAAGAAGAUCAAGCAAUAUUGGAUUCUUUUGGACCAGCUAUCGCUGAUGAAAUCUCCGCGAACUAUUCAAACCAGGAUGGAUUGAACAUUGCUAGUUCUCAAACUUCGCAGGCUCCUCCUGCCCGGGAUGCCGUGCUUCAAGGUUCGGAGCAAUUAGAAAUUACCGGUAUCCUGAAUAGCUUCGAAGAUCCAACUCCCAGUCCCAUUCAAUCCAAAGAUGAAGUCACAACAGAUGAUCAAUUGAACUCGUUGGUCGAAUGGACUGAAAAGAAUUAUCCAUCGAAAGGUCGGAAUUUCGAUCAAUACGAUGAAAAUUUCCUGCCGGCGGGGCCCAUACAAUCAUCGCCAAUGAACCAUGAUCAAAUUAGCGCAAGCAAUCAUCAGGGAUCAACAUUUCAACCACCAAGUGAGUUUCGGGAAUCAGCACCUGUUUUGAGUGUCCAGCAAACAGAAUUGCGUCAGAAUGAAGCUGGAGACGCUCAAAACAGAUUUGAGCAUCAUUCAUUGCCUGGCCAAGGAGAACAUGAUGGGUAUAAUCGGAACACGCAAAUGCAGAGUGGAGAUGAUUCGACGUAUGCUCCACCACCGCAUCGGAAUCCUGAUCUAUCGAAUGGAAAUUUCGACGGCAACAAUGUUGUAUCUCAACGUGAUGGAAAUGGCCAACGUGGUAAAGCUAGCCAAGUUGCAAGGAAACGAGCCGGCUGGGAGACGCGACCUGAUGCCGCUAGACCUAGAGUUCGAAUGACUGAGGAGGAAUAUCAGUGGCUCCGACCAAACGAGGGACCACGUGAUGUCUUCGAAACUCAGCGAAAGAAGGCUGCGGAGGAGAGAUUGAAGGAAGAGGCCGAGGCAGAUGCACUUGAAAAGGCAGGGAUGCCUAGACCUCAGCCUAAGGUACAAAAGCCUUAUAAAGGAGGUAUUCACAUCGAAGUUUGGGAGAAGGACAGACUAAACAAUCGCCGUCUUACCCAGGGAAAGUCAGGUCGUGAUCUCUUUACGGAAAAGCCCAAGCUCCGUGGAAAGAGGAAGGCUCGCGAGAUGUCGGAGGCAGAGCCACAGCCCGAGUCGAAAAAAGUGAAGCUAGGAAUCGAUCGGUUCGAAUCACAUCCUGAAACCAGAGGGAUGAAUGAGGGAUUGGCCCACGUCGCAUGUGCCGGUUCGAUGCCUGUAGUCGACAGAUCUAAUCGUGGGAUGGGUAACCACCCAUAUUCCAAUGCAAAUCCCAUGACAAGCCAGAUGAACCAGGGAAUUACCAGCGGCGGCUCUAUCCAUAAUAGUUACAUCAACAACUAUGGUGAUAAUUAUGGCGAUCAUUAUGGCGAUGUCAAUAGUUACGGCAGCAAUUAUGGCAAUAAUUAUAUUGGCGGCCAUUAUACCGACCCCUCUUUGGGAAAUGGCGUGAUGGGCACGGGGAUGAGACGACAUGGAGACUUAGGCUCGGUGCCUCCAUCCGGCGCUGCAAAUCCAUCCAUGAGCCAAAGCAGUCGCCCUGAAUUUGACGGAGCACACCAAAUUCGGGCUGUAUACAGCCAUAACCAACACCCCGAAUCGUUCCAUAGUCGACCCGAACAAAAGGUUACAGCUAGUUACGGUAGAAAUAGUGUUCCUCCUCCACCAUACGUGGAAUCAGUCCAAGGAUUUACAAAUUUUCCGCCUCAGCCUCCACAACGCCCAACUGCGCCAAUGUAUGGAAACAGAACAUCGGCACCUCAAGCUGUCAUGAAUCCUGCACAUGAACCAUUGGCAAGUGGUGGUAAUGGCUUCUCGACACAUCUAGCUGGACAAGAUGAGCAGGUCCUUAGAUCGACUGAUCAUGCAUACCACCCAAACCAACUCAGAAGAAUGAUUCCCGAUAGCUUGAUUGAUCCAAUGCUACAAUCUCAAGCUCAGUUUCCAGCACCUAGUGUUAUGGGUGCUCAAACCAGAGAACAUGCCCUAGACAACUACGAGUACGAUGAUGAUUUCGAGGACUUCGGCUUCCAGUAA